AUGUCGUCCCAUCACGGCGCUGGCGGUCCUCCGCACCAGCAGCCACCGACCAAUCCGUUCGCCGGUGCUGCUUUCCACGAGGAUCAAGGCAGCGAAGCCAGCUACUUUCCCAACGAACGCAGAGACACGUAUGCUUCGGAACGUUCCGACGGUGAGCUUAUCCCCGGUCACGGCUACGACGCUGACUCUUACGAGGGCGCCAACUACAAGGAAAGCUAUGCCUAUUCUACCGAAUCCGCCCAGCGUGGUUACGCUCAGGGCCCCGGUAGCCAGUUUGGUCAGGCGUCUUACGCUCCCUCGGGCAUAUCGAGCCCUUACCCUGACGCAGGCGCCGGUGGUGGAUACCGUCAGCGCGAGCCCUAUCCCGCAUGGACCGCCGAGCACAAUAUCCCGCUCUCCAAAGAGGAGAUUGAAGAUAUUUUCAUCGAUCUGGCCAACAAGUUUGGCUUCCAGCGCGACAACAUGCGCAACAUGUAUGACCACCUCAUGAUCAUGCUCGACUCGCGUUCCAGUCGCAUGACCCCACAGCAGGCGCUCAUGACCAUCCACGCAGACUACAUUGGCGGCGAGCAUGCAAACUACCGCAAGUGGUACUUUGCUGCUCAGCUCGACCUCGACGACGCCAUCGGCAAGGUGCAGAACCCCGGCCUUGCCCGUGCCGCAAGCAUGGCCAACCGUGGCCGCAAUGCCGGCAGCGCCGCCGCCAAAUUGCAGUCGGCCAGCGCAAAGUCACUCCAGACCGCCUCGGCCCGCUGGCGAGACGCCAUGCUCAAGAUGGGCGACUACGACCGCACCCGUCAGGUCGCGCUCUACCUGCUCUGCUGGGGUGAAGGUGGCCAGGUUCGAUUCGUGCCCGAGUGUCUCUGCUUUAUCUUCAAGUGUGCCGACGAUUACUACCGCUCGCCCGAGUGCCAGAACCGCAUGGAGCCCGUGCCCGAAGGCCUCUACCUUCGUGCCGUCGUCAAGCCUCUCUACCGCUUCCUGCGCGACCAGGUCUUCGAGGUCGUCGAUGGCAAGUUUGUCAAGAAGGAAAAGGACCACGACAAGAUCAUUGGCUACGACGACGUCAAUCAGCUCUUCUGGUACCCCGAGGGCAUCGGCAGGAUUAUCCUCAACGACAAGACGCGCCUCGUUGACGUGCCUCCAAGCCAGCGCUUCAUGAAGUUUGACAAGAUCGACUGGGCCCGUGUCUUUUUCAAGACCUACAAGGAGAAGCGUUCCUUCUUCCACCUUCUCGUCAACUUCAACCGUAUCUGGAUUCUUCACAUCUCGGUCUUCUUCUAUUACACGGCUUACAACGCUCCCAAGGUCUACGCCCGCUCACGUAAUCCCACCACCGCAGAGUCGCUCUCGGCCGCCGGUCUCGGUGGUGCCAUCUCGUCCUUCAUCAUGAUUGCCGCCACCAUGGCCGAGUUCUCGUACAUUCCUACCACUUGGAACAACACGAGCCAUCUCAUGCGCCGCAUGAUCUUCCUCGCCAUCUGUCUCGCUCUCACCAUCGCUCCUGCCGUCUACAUUUUUGGCUUCAACAACAAGGGCAACGUUGCCAACAUUGUCGCCAUCGUUCACCUCGCCGUCGCCGGAUGCAUCACUGCCCUUUUCUCGGUUGUUCCCUCGGGCCGCAUGUUUGGCGAUCGUGUUGCAGGCAAGGCGCGCAAGUACCUGGCCAAUCAGACCUUUACGGCUUCGUACGCCCCUCUGGUCAAGAGCCACCGUGCCGUCUCGAUCCUCCUCUGGGUGCUCGUAUUUGGAUGCAAGCUCACCGAGUCAUACUUUUUCCUGACUCUCUCGUUCCGCGAUCCUCUCGCCGUCAUGAUCACCAUGAAGGUGCAGGGAUGCAGCGACAAGUACUUUGGUAGCGCGCUUUGUGCCAACCAGCCCGCCUUUGCCUUGACCUUUAUGACUAUCAUGGAUCUCUGCCUUUUCUUCCUCGACACGUUCCUGUGGUACGUCAUCUGGAACACGGUCUUCUCCAUCGGCUGGUCCUUCCACAUGGGUCUGUCCAUCUGGACGCCCUGGUCUGACAUCUUCCAGCGAUUGCCCAAGCGCAUCUACGCCAAGCUGCUAGCCACCGCCGAUAUGGAGAUCAAGUACAAACCCAAGGUGCUUGUCUCGCAGGUCUGGAACGCCGUCAUCAUCUCCAUGUACCGUGAGCACUUGCUCUCGAUUGACCACGUCCAGAAGCUGCUAUACCACCAGGUGCCCGCCGGCGAAAACGGAAAGCGCACUCUUCGUGCCCCCACCUUCUUCAUCAGCCAGACCGACAAGGGCAUCAAGCCCGAAUUCUUCCCCAAGGGCUCCGAGGCUGAACGUCGAAUCAGCUUCUUUGCCCAGUCGCUCACCACUGCCCUCCCCGAGCCGCUGCCCAUCGACGCCAUGCCCACCUUUACCGUGCUAGUGCCCCACUACUCCGAGAAGAUCCUGCUCUCGCUCCGUGAAAUUAUUCGCGAGGAGGACCAGAACACGCGUGUCACGCUGCUCGAAUACCUCAAACAGCUUCACCCUGUGGAAUGGGACAACUUUGUCAAAGACACCAAGAUCCUGGCCGAAGAGUCGCAAGGCUUUGGCGGCAACUCGCCCUUUGGCGGUGAUAGCGACGAGAAAUCUGGCACCAAAAACUCGGCCAAGGCGGACGAUCUGCCCUUCUACUGCAUCGGUUUCAAGUCGGCUGCGCCCGAGUACACGCUACGAACGCGUAUCUGGUCGUCGCUGCGUGCUCAGACGCUCUACCGUACCGUGUCCGGAUUCAUGAACUAUUCCAAGGCCAUCAAGCUGCUCUACCGUGUCGAGAACCCCGAGGUGGUUCAACUGUUUGGCGGCAACACCGAGAAGCUUGAGCGUGAGCUUGAACGCAUGUCGCGCCGCAAGUUCAAGUUUGUCAUCUCCAUGCAGCGAUACUCAAAGUUUAACAAGGAAGAACAGGAGAAUGCCGAGUUCUUGCUCCGUGCUUACCCCGACUUGCAGAUUGCCUAUCUCGACGAGGAGGCUCCCCGCAAGGAAGGUGGCGAGUCACGCUGGUUCUCUGCUCUUGUCGACGGUCACUCGGAGAUUCUGCCCAACGGCAAGCGUCGCCCCAAGUUCCGCGUUGAGCUGCCCGGUAACCCUAUUCUCGGAGAUGGCAAGUCGGACAACCAGAACCACGCCAUCAUCUUCAACCGCGGCGAGUACGUACAGCUUAUCGAUGCCAACCAGGACAACUAUCUCGAGGAGUGUCUCAAGGUGCGCAGCGUGCUUGGCGAGUUUGAGUCCUUCAACGUCUCGAACCAGAACCCGUACGGAUCCGGUCAUCAGGAGUUUGCCAAGGCACCCGUCGCCAUUCUCGGUGCACGAGAGUACAUUUUCUCUGAGAACAUUGGCAUCCUCGGUGACGUUGCUGCCGGUAAGGAACAGACGUUCGGUACCAUGGCCGGUCGUGGUCUUGCACAGAUUGGCGGUAAGCUGCACUACGGUCACCCCGAUUUCCUCAACACCAUCUUCAUGACCACUCGCGGCGGUGUGUCCAAGGCGCAAAAGGGUCUCCACUUGAACGAAGAUAUCUAUGCCGGUAUGACCGCUUUUGGUCGAGGUGGCCGCAUCAAGCACGUCGAGUACUACCAGUGCGGUAAGGGCCGUGAUCUCGGUUUCGGAACCAUCUUGAACUUCACCACCAAGCUUGGAAACGGAAUGGGCGAGCAAAUGCUGUCGCGAGAGUACUACUACCUCGGCACGCAGCUACCCGCCGAUCGUUUCCUCACGUUCUACUACGGUCACCCCGGUUUCCACAUCAACAACAUUCUCGUCAUCCUCUCGGUGCAGCUCUUCAUGUUCACCAUGGUGUUCAUCGGCACGCUCAACUCGCAGUUGCGCGUAUGCGCUACCACCAACAGCGAGUACAUCGUGGGUACCGGCGGUUGCUACUAUCUUAACCCGGUCUUCCUCUGGAUCAAGCGUACCAUCAUCAGCAUCUUCCUCGUCUUUAUGAUUGCCUUCUUGCCGCUCUUCUUGCAGGAGCUCUCGGAGCGUGGCGCCAUCUCGGCCUUUAUCCGUUUGGCGAAGCACUUUAUGAGUCUCAGUCCGAUCUUCGAGGUGUUCUCGACCAUGAUUUACUCGCACUCGAUCAUCAGCAAUUUGACCUUUGGCGGUGCGCGUUACAUUGCCACCGGAAGAGGUUUCGCCACUACGCGUCAAAGCUUUGCACUGCUCUACAGCCGAUUCGCUGGACCGUCGAUCUACUCUGGGAUGCGUCUGCUGCUGUUGCUGCUUUACAUCACGCUCACGCUCUGGAUCCCACACCUGAUCUACUUCUGGAUCUCGAUCUUGGCACUCUGCGUCGCUCCCUUCCUCUUCAACCCUCAUCAGUUCUCUGCUUCUGACUUUAUCAUCGACUAUCGCGAGUUCCUUCGCUGGAUGUCGCGUGGUAACAGCCGCAGUCACGCCAACUCGUGGAUCGGCUACUGCCGUCUAAGCCGAACCAAGGUGACUGGUUACAAGAAGAAGCGUCUUGGACACCCCAGCGAAAAGUUGGCCGGCGACGUUCCUCGUGCUGGCUGGAGGACCAUCCUGUUUGCCGAGGUCAUCUUCCCCAUCUGCCUUGCCGUCAUCUUUGUGGUCGCCUAUGCUUUCGUCAAGAGUUUCCAUCAGACCGGAGACCCGCCUCAGGGUGCUAUUGUGCGUAUCGCCAUUAUCGCGCUGGGUCCCAUUGUAUGGAACGCCGCCAUCUUGUUGGUGCUCUUCUUGAUCAGCAUGUUCCUUGGCCCUGCGCUCAACAACUGCUGUGCCAAAUUCGGAUCAAUCAUGGCUUCGAUCGCCCACGUGCUCGCCGUUGUAGGUGUCAUUGUUGCCUUUGAGUUCCUGUGGUUCCUCGAGCUGUGGAAUGCCUCGCACGCGGUGCUGGGUGUCAUCGCGGUGAUCGCUAUCCAGCGAGCCAUUUUCAAGAUCUUGAUCGCCUUGGUUCUCUCGCGAGAGCUCAAGCACGACGAGACAAACCGCGCUUGGUGGACGGGUCGAUGGUAUGGCCGUGGUCUUGGCGGGCAUGCGUUCAGCCAGCCGGCGCGAGAAUUUGUGGUCAAGAUCAUCGAGAUGUCGCUCUUUUCGGCCGAUUUCUUGACAGCGCACAUUCUGUUGUUUGGUCUGUCGCUGCCAUGCCUCAUUCCGUACUUUGACAAGCUGCACUCGACGGCGCUCUUCUGGCUGCGACCAUCGAAGCAGAUUCAUGCGCCCAUCUUCUCGCUUCGUCAGCGCAAGCAGCGAAGGUCGAUCGUAUGGCGAUACUUGAUCCUGUUCAUUUUCGCCUACGCGAUCUUUUUGGCAUUGAUCAUCUUGCCGGCGGUCUUCUCGUCGACGAUCAAGCUGAACUGUUCGUUCUGCAAGUCGCUCUAA